UUUUACCUCCUGGUCGGUGUGAAUGUGCAGAAGUGACAGAAUUGAUGGAAACAUGGAACUGUUGGCAGAAAUGGGGAUAUCUUGGAGAACAUCUUUAGCUGUUCUCCUAACUUUCUUACAAAUCCAAGGUCUAAAGUGUGAUCAACCCACAUUUGUUUCUGGCACCGAGGGUCAGAUGUUCGACUUUAGGUGUGAAUAUCAAAAUGACAUGAAGAACCACUCAAAGUACUUCUGCUGUAUUACCUCUGAUAAGUCCGAUCACCUCGUCCGAACUUCAAAACACAACCAGUGGACAAAAGAAGGACGUGUCUCCCUGUAUGACAACAUGACAGCAGACUUUUUCCUCAUCAGGGUGGAUAAUCUCUAUCUGAACGACAGCGGGAUGUACUGGUGCGGUGCCGGCGGUGAUGACAGCAAUGUUCGCAUGAGCAAGAUAUAUCUGAAUGUCUCCCAAGAUAAUAAAAUACCUGCCUCCUCCCUUGAAACCCCAGUUCACAGUCUGCAGCUCCUCUUGAUCAUGAUGUGCAUCGGAGCAAUGUUUUUUGUGUGUAUAUUCACAAUAUGUCUGUUACUGCUGGUGAAGCAAAGAAGGUCUACACAUUGCCAGGAAGCAGAGAGAGCUUCUGACUAUGAGACAAUGACUCCUGCUGUAAGAGCUGCACCAGUGCCCCGCUGCAGAUGUUCCCAUCCAGAGUGCAUCGAUCUCGCCACUUUACCGCAGCCACCUUCUGACGUCUGCCCCUGCUUCACAGAGGAGCAUCGCAAGUCCGCCAUCUCUUGCAAUGUUGGCGAAUAUGUUGAUGUAGACGUACCUGGACACUUAUGCCCAUACCAGCAUUUGGAGCAGAGUCAGCUGGAAGAGCAUGUUUAUCACAGUCUUCAUGGCAGCAGCAGCCCCAAAACAAGGAGCUGCAAGAAAACUGAUCUUCCUCAGAUAUCACUCAUUCCAGGAACAGUUUGAUCCAACGUGAGCUCGAUCUGGUAUUAAUUUAUACCAAGUUGUAAAUUUGUUUUUACUCUUAGUAGUUUAAUGGU